AUCUCUUCUCAUGGGGGUUUAAGUAGUUUGAAUAAACCCAGCCCACCGUCUAAUGUAAAAGGAAGGACUAUCGCCGGUUAGUGUAUUGUCUACACUACUGCAGGAAAUGAUGAGUCUCUCAGAAGGAGAUAUCAUGCUGGAUGAGGUGCCGUCCGCGGACACACAGGAGUCAGUCCCGUGUUUCCAAUCUCCAGGACCCACAGUCACUUUCCAUCAUCUCACGUACAGCGUGCAGGAGCGACUGGGAAUGUUCAGCAGAAAAUGGGUUGAAAAGCAGAUCCUCAAAGAUGUCAGUGGUAUCAUGAAGCCUGGAAUGAAUGCUAUCAUGGGUCCUACAGGAAGUGGAAAAACAUCGCUUCUUGAUGUUAUUGCAGGAAGGAAAGAUCCUAAAGGAUUAAAAUCAGGUCAAAUUCUGGUUGACAACACUAUUGUGACCUCUGACCUUAGGCUCAGCUCUGCCUAUGUGGUUCAGAAUGAUAUUCUGAUGGGUACUCUGACUGUAAGGGAGAACCUGGCUUUCUCUGCCAAUCUUCGUCUGUCACUGAAAGAGUAUUCCUCAUCGGACAAAGAGAUGAGGGUCAACUCCGUCAUACAGGAGCUCGGCCUUAAGGAUUGUGCAGACACUAAGAUUGGGACAGUAUUUUUGCGUGGUGUUUCUGGUGGAGAGAAAAAGAGAUGUAGCAUCGGUAUGGAGCUCAUCACCUCCCCAUCCCUCCUGUUUUUGGAUGAGCCAACUACGGGUCUGGAUGCCAACACUGCCAACUCCAUCAUGGAACUGCUGCAGAAGCUCUCCAAAAAUGGCAAAACCAUCAUCUUUGCCAUUCACCAGCCGCGCUACUCCAUCUUCAGGCAGUUUGACCACCUCACACUCAUGAACAAAGGAGAUAUCAUCUUCGCAGGGCAUGCAGAUAAAGCCAUCAGCUACUUUGAGGACUUGGGUUACAAGUGUGAACCGUUUAACAACCCGGCAGACUUCUUCCUGGAUGUUAUUAAUGGGACCAUCCUGUCUGAUAAUAACCACAUCAAGAAUACAGAAAAGUUGAGCAACAAUGAGGUGACAGAGGGACAUGAUGACCAUCUCGCUGUGAUGUACAAACAGUCUCCAUAUUUCAUCAGCGUGAAAGACCGGCUCACACAGAUGUCGAAUGGGCUCGACCCUCAGGUCACGAAAGGUGACAGGGCCUCUUACGCUACACCUUUCUAUUAUCAGCUUCUGUUAGUGAGCUGCCGCACUGUCACAAACAUCUUGAGGAACCCACAGACGUCCUAUGCACAACUGUUCCUCAACAUUUUCUUUGGGAUUUUGGUGGGACUGAUCUAUUACCAGAUUCCAAACACUUUACCAGAGGCUCUUCAGAACAGGACAGGAGCGUUCUUCUUUAUGGUCAUCAAUAUGGUCUUUGGCAACCUGUCUGCAGUCGAGCUGUUCAUCAGUGAGCGAGUUCUCUACAUUCACGAGAACUCCAGCGGUUACUACCGUACAUCUGUCUACUUCCUGUCUAAAGUCUUUGCUGACCUCAUUCCAAACCGCAUCCUGCCUGUGUUUAUUUUCUCUGCCAUCCCAUACUUCAUGAUGGGUCUGAAGGCUGAUGUGGAGGCUUUCUUUCUGUACUGUUUCACUAUGAGUAUGGUCAGUCUGGCAGCCGUCAGUUUGGCCUUUCUGGUCAGCGCCAGCGUGGGCUCCUUCGCCAUGGCUAACAUCCUCAUUGCCCUUCCCUUUGUCUUCAUGAUGGUGUUUGGAGGUUUCCUAGUGAACCUGAAUUCAAUGCUGAGUUGGAUGUCGUGGCUGAAGUGGGCCAGUAUAUUCAGAUAUGGCAUCAAUGCACUUGCUAUCAUUGAACUAAAAGAUCAAGUCUUCACUGGUAACUAUACCAGAAUGACAGGUGAAAUGUAUCUGGAUAAUCAAGAGAUCGAUUACAGCACUUGGGGUUUUUGGCAGAAUCUGGUGGCUCUGGCGGGCAUCAUGUGCAUCUGUCUGAUUCUUGCUUAUGUGCAGCUACGACGGAUCAGUCGCUGGAGGUGACCCAGUAAAGCUGUGCCUUAAAAAGAAACAAAUGGCCAAACCGCACAGACAAAGGUACGAUUUUGAAAAUACCAGUGCAUGUGCAAUCUAAAGCCCUGUCCAAACCUACACAGGUAUUUUCAAAACCGUGCCUUUGUCUGUGUGGUUCAGCCAUUCGUCCACAUUAAAAAGAAGAAUCAGGUGACUGAAACCAAACUUUUUUUAAAACUUAUUCCAGUGUGACUUUUUAGAAACUGCUACGUUGUCAUGCAGGUUUUGGCCUGUGAUGUGCUGAGGGGAAACUGAUUGGCCAACAUGGCUUUACGGUUAGGGAUAUAUCGCCAUCUGUUGGUUUGGCAUGCUAUUGACUGGGCUUCAUACAA